CCGCGCGGACCCCGAGGCGGCGACGGCGAGAAUCCAGCUCGCAGGAGGAGGAGGUCAUCGACGGCUUCGCCAUCGCCAGCUUCAGCACGCUGGAGGCCCUGGAGAAGGAUAUGGCCCUGAAGCCACACGAGCGGAAAGAGAGGUGGGAGCGUCGCCUCAUCAAGAAACCCCGGGAGUUGGAAAGCUGCCCAUCUGCAGAGCCCAGCGAGAACAGGCAGUCCCUGGAGAUGGGCAGCCCAGGGCAGGACUUGGACCCUCAGUGUGAUGAAGGGGCCAGGAAGGCUCCGCUACAGCCCUCCAAGCAGACAAAGGUUGCCAUGUCCAGAGGUGGUGACCAGAACAGCGACGAAGACAGUGUCCUCGAAGCCACCAGCUCCCAGCGGAGCAGCUCCCGAGACCAGCUCAGCGACAGCUCAGCACAGGCCGUUUCCGGGAGAGGCUACUCUUGUGACAGCGAGAGCGGUGUGGACGACAAGGCAUCAGUGGGCUCCGAGAAGCUCUUUGCCCCAGUAGCAGACAGAGGUCCAGCAAGGGGUGAGGAGUCUGAGGCCAAGGCGGGAGCAGUGCCCAAAGUGUCCGGCCUGGAGCGAAGCCGUGAGCUCAGCGCAGACCCCUUCCUGCUGCCUGCGGCGCCCCUGGGGCCUCUGCCCGCCGCCCAGGCCGGCCCCCUGGUGAAGAGGGAGGCGCACGCGGUGGCCCACCACGGCCUGCAGCCCCAGUCCAUAGCCCCGCAGCCCCGGGGCUCCCUCCCAACGCACGUGCCUCCCUCCCUGGGCGCCUUCUCCGGUCCCGGCCAGGUGGUGCCCGGCGGCCUCCAUUUGCACAGCCUCAGGAGCAGCACAGGCAGUGGGGGUCCCCCGGGCCUGGCCAAGCACGUGUCACUGUCGCCGCUCGGGCCCGGCCCCCACCUCUCUACCUCACACCUGGCGCUCCGGUCCCAGGUGCAGCACCAGCACCACGCAGCGGCCAUGUUCGCCACCCCCCCAGCACUGCCCCCACCCCCGGCGCCUCCCACCAGCAGCCUGGUCAUCCCAGGACACCCAGCCGAUGCCAGCCUGUUGAUCUCAUUCAACCAGCCAAUCAUGUAUUGCCAGCCUCAUUCGGGGAUUCUGAUUGAUCACGAGCUGCUCAGGCAAGAGCUGAACACGCGGUUUCUGGUGCAGAGUGCGGAGCGGCCUGGCGCCUCCCUGGGCGGGGGGGCUCUGCUGCGGGCCGAGUUUCACCAGCACCAGCACACACACCAGCACACACACCAGCACACACACCAGCACCAACACACAUUCGCCCCUUUCCCCGGGCUGCCCCCGACGCCGCUGGUGCCGCCGGCCGCACCCCCGCCGUUUGAUAAGUUCUCACCCAAGCUGGACAACCCCUACUUCCGACAUUCCAACCUCUUCCUGCCCUUCCCUCCCACGGGCCCAGGGCUGCCUGCCCUGCUUGCACACUCUGGCCCCUUUGGGUCCCUGCAGGGUGCUUUUCAGCCCAAGACUUCAAACCCCAUCGAGGUAACAGGCCGGGCCAGUGCGGUUCACACUCUGCUACAGAAAGCCCCUGGGGUGUCCGACCCAUACCGGACAGCAGUCAGGAAACCAGGGAAGUGGUGUGCCGUGCACGUGCAGAUCGCCUGGCAGAUCUACCACCACCAGCAGAAGAUGAAGGUGAGGCUAGGCCAGGUGGGCACGCCGCUGGGGUCUCUCCAGUGGGACCAGCUGGGAGGCGCCGCCUGCCCGCAGCCUGGCUGGAGCCUGGUCAGGAGUGAGCUGGUGUGUUCACACAUGCCUACCCAGGUGUCUUAUUUGAGGCAGGCAGUUGGGGUGGAGUGGGGGGUAGAGAGACCCCUUCAGGAGGCUAGCAUGACCGUUGGGACCCCCGGCCCUGUUUUCACGAUGGUCCUGUGGUUCUCGGAGCCUCUGGGUGCAUCUCCUGCAUCGUAUGUCCUAAGUGCACUUUGAAAAGUCGGUGGAAAGGGAUUUAUCACAGAGUACUGUCUGCAUAUGCACGUGGGGGCGUACAGUGGAGGGCUCCCUCAGGGCUGGGGUCACU